GGUCCAGAGUCGUUGGCGCUACUGAGUGGUCUGUCAUCGACCUGACGGGUGGGGGUACUCACAAAGACGAAUAUUUAGUCAUUGAACAAAUCCCCCUCAUCGACUCAAGAUCGCCAGAAAUUCAUUACAACAACUUGCGACGGUUAUACCAUAAGCGCAAUGGCAUCCCAGGAACAGCCCGGCUUGGCGGACCUAAAAUCCGCUGCAGUGGACACUAGCCCGGAGCAAUGGGAGAGUAUGGAUGACGAUCGCUCCAGCAGCCUCAGCGAACCAGAAGACCCAACCGAGGAACGCGACAUCGUCGUUCCGGAUGAGGUUGAAGAGGAAUCCGCCAGUGAUGCGGAGAACGACACGGAAGCAGAGACCGAGAGACUGGACAUCAGCCCUCAGAAAUGGCUGAAGGUCCAAGUUGAAGAAGUUGACGAAGACAAGGCGAAGGAAGACGCUGAAGCACAGAUCGACGAGAUGGAACAAGAUCAAGAGGACGUCGAUGCCGCGUCAACCGGUACCCACACGCGAGAGCCGACGCCAGAUAUCUUGAAGGCGACCGAACCGGAAACUAUGCCUCGAAAACGGAAGCGAGCCGCCGGAUUAACAGAUCCGCUCAUGACCGGAGAAGAUCCCGACGAGCCGGCCGCGAAACGAAGUCAUUCCUCACAAGAAGAGAGCAUUGCCGAUCCCGAAGAAGAAAGGGAACCCGAGGAACCCGAUCCGGAUGAGAACGUCGACGAAGAGAUCGCCGAACAACUCGUCGAGGAACUGGCUGCUCAAGCGCAGCCGGAGUUGGAGCCGGAGGUCGAAGUAGAAGAAAAGGAGGAUGCGGUCAUCGAGCAGGAGGAACCGGAAAAACCCAGUCGAGCCUUGAGAUUCCGAAAAGGCAAGCGAAAAGGAAAGAAAGUGAAGGAUCCGGAGCUCGACCGGGCCAGUGGGACGCCGAGACUUGGUCCGGUUGAAGGUGAGGAUGUGGUGGAGGAAGAGGCUGAUGAGGAAGAUCCGAAUGCUAUCCAGGAGGAAGAAGCUCUUACGAAACGAAAAUUCGCUUUGGAUAUGCUCGGCGAAGUCGAACGGCAGUUUAUUGCGUUUAAAGAACGGCACCUGAACGAGCAAAUCAACCACAUCAACAAGGAACUCGAACUCCUCAACGAACCCGACUGCCAACACUCCGAAUACCUCGCCAUGCUACAAUGCAUCGACGAACGCCGCACCAACAAAGUCCAACACGAACACAUCCACAAGCGCUACCGGAUGCAGACCCUCCGCAUCAAGGUCGUCGGCGAGCGGAGCCAGCUGCAGAGCCAGCUGCUCCAAGACCUCCGCGUCGCGCGGGAGAAAGCCCUUGAAGACGGAUAUAAGUAUUUCCACGCGCUGCAACGGGAUCGACGACGGUUCGGCGCGGAUGACACGAACUACAUGCACAUGUUCCCGACCAAGCGAUCGACGCAGGUCGAGCAGCAGACGGCGUAUAACCUGGAAGUGUCGAUUCUGUCGGGCAUCGCGAAGCAUGUCGGGUUCCCCGCAGCGCCGGAUAUGAAGGGACUGGAUGACGCGGAGAUCGAGAGUGAUUUGCAAGCCAUGAAGGUAUGUUGAGGCGCUCUCCUUUACCUAACACAACCAGCACCCUUUGAAAUGAACGAGAAUUGACGUCGUCAUACAGAUCGCCCACCGUCCCGUCCAUCCCGUCCAUCCCGUCCGCCCCCUCGGCCCCACCCCCAUCCUCGACGUCGCCCGCGAAAC